AAUCACAGUGCUGCCCAGCGGCGUUUUACAGAUUCAGGGAGUCGAACAGGCUGAUGCUGGGAGUUACCGCUGUGUGGCGACUAAUAUAGCCAGCCGCCGCAGGAGCGCCGAGGCCGAGCUAACCGUGACCGCAGCUCCAUCUCCCAGAGUUCCUCAAAGGCCUCGUAUUACCGCCGGUCCGCAGAAUCUGACCGUGGCGGUUCACAGCACGGCUCUGCUGGAGUGCAUGGCGACCGGAAAUCCUCGCCCGCUGAUCUCAUGGAGCCGCGCCGACCAUAAAUCCAUUGACGUUCACAAAACAAAGGUUCUUGGCAAUGGAAACCUGCUCAUAGCCGACGUGAAACCCCAGCACGCUGGGAACUACUUUUGCCGCGCAACUACGCCGGGAACCAGAAACUACACGAUUGCAGCCGCUAAUAUAACUGUGCUAGGUAGA